AUGCUGUGCCGCCAAAGCAAUAGCCGCAGUCGCUCUUUCAAGGAGAGGAAGAGCCUGGCCAGUAGGAUGCGGGAAGCAGCUGAAAUCCGGGCCAAGUAUCCCACCAAGAUCCCGGUGGUGGUGGAGCGUUACCAGAAGGAGAAGCAGCUGCCUCUGUUGGAUAGGACCAAGUUUCUGGUUUCCCAGGACUCAUCCAUGUCUCAGUUUGUGAUCACCCUGCGAACUCGCAUGUCCCUGACAGCAACCCAGGCCUUCUACCUGCUAGUAAACAAGGGCCUGCCCAGCAUGAGCAUGACCGUGGGGGAGGUGUACCGCGACCACAAGGAUGAGGAUGGCUUUCUCUACGUCACCUACGCUUCCCAGGAGAUGUUCGGCUGCUGCUUGCAUGGCCCUGCGGUGACUCAGUCAUGAACCUGCCUGUUGCCAGCUGGUCUCUGUCGUUGGUUUAUCUUGUGAUGCAAACAACUGCAGGGGCUGAAAACCUCUUUCUUAACCUGAAUUUUUAAUGAAACUGCUGUGUGGGGAUAGAGGAGGAAAGCAUGAAAGUCCAGGAGCUACUAGCAGGAUUGCUCUCCUGCAACAGCGUUGGGGACUUGAGUCUCUCCGAGCAGAUGCCUGUUAGAAGAAUAACUUGUGACUAAAGCUAUGAAAUGUUUUUAA